AAAUACGAUGCAAUCAGAGGCAAUUCUAACUUGCACACCACGUUUCUCGAGUCAGGUUUAAAUGUCAAAAUGACGACGGAUCAAAUAUUUAAAGGCAAGUUUCAUUUACGUUAUUUUAGACUAGCUGUUUCAAUAAGAAAUUCAAACGUAUCUUAAUGGCAAAAACUUGAGACAAAUGCUGAAAACCACGUUCCUUCAAUAAAAACACGCACCACCAAUCACAUGACAAUUGACCAAUAUCGUUAGGACACAUCAGACCGUUGGGACACGACACCGAUGUUAUAGCUUCGUUAAAUUGCAUUGCAAUCCAGUCUUGUGAUAGCAUACGUUUGGAGGUCUUCGUCGAGAGAACAUUAGGGCAAAACCAGUUGGCUGAAAAAGAUUAACAAAAUGGGAUUCGUCACUGUUGUGAUUCAACUGGCAUUAUUGUUCGUAUUAUCAAUAAACUGCAAUAAUACGACCGCCGUUGAUUACCCAUUGAACCAAGAAUUAUUUUUGAAGAAAAUCGAUACGGAAUGCCUAGCUUACCGCUACGUUCCAUGCCGCAAGAGUUCCAUGACACCCAUGAAUGUUAUUUUUCAAGAUGAAGAAAUGAAUGAUCCGAAUUCAUCCAAAUCGAACAUCACCAUCAAGUAUGAUUUUCAAUGCAUUUCCUAUCAAUUAAUUCCGUGCGAAAAGGAAUCGAAAAAUGUGAUCCUCAAAGUCGUAGAUCAACAAGAGCGACUUCGAAAAACAAGAUCAAUUUACAGCGAACUUCUACAAAAUUGCCAAGAGACCAAAACUUCCGAUCUGUCUCUCCUGGCAACAGAAUCCCACUGCUUAACCAGUCCAUCAACGGACAGUGAAAUUUCUCAACUCAUUGCACUUGAAAACAUGCAAAUUUGUAACGAGAAAGAAAAAAUUAUAACCCAACAGCUGAACGUGAUUGAAAACGAGAAGUUUGUCCUGCAAAGAGACCAAAUAGCCUUAACCGAAAGAGUGAACAAAUCUGAAAUCGCAAGUAAAAGAUCAGCUGAAAAUUUGGAAGUGUGCAAAGGACUGGCCGCUAAUUUAACCAUACAAUUGGCUGAUUGCGAAAAUGGGGAUGUGAAAGCAAAGGAGAAAAUCAAACCAGUAAACGGCACGAAAAAUCAGUUGGGUCUACAUGAGGAAUUCAACGACGAAACCACGGCAAAAGGCACGAAAAAUCAGUUGGGUCUACGUGAGGAAUUCAACGACGAAACCACGGCAAACGGCACGAAAAAUCUGUUGGCCCUACGUGAGAAAUUCAACGACGAAACCAAGCUCAUUUAUAAUUACAUCGCUAAAGCGUUCACUGGUACUCCUUUUUCGGGAAAUUUGGACAAUUACACCUUUUACCAAAUGGGCCGUAUGAGAAUCAUACCAAAACCAAAUAUCCAACCACUUGCGCCCCAAAACGGCACAGUUUUCAACGAUGUCACAUCAAUUACAUACAGCCUCACGAUUCCAUCGUGCAAGUAUUCAGCAGACAGUCAAAGCGUUUUUAUUGCCGUCGUAUCUGCACCGGAAAACUUCCAAAACCGUCAACAAAUUCGACAGACGUGGAAAAAUCAUGUCCACUUGGUGCAAAGAAACGGUGUGCUGGGCACGAUUUGCACGAUUGAAUUUGCUUUUGUUUUAGGACCAACAAAAGAUAAAUCAAACCAAAACAGUAUUAUAGAAGAAAGCACAAAAUAUAAGGACAUCAUUCAGAUUUCAGAAAUGGAAGAGUUUCCAAGUCAUAUGACGAUGCCCGGAAUUAUCAAUUGGAUUUACUCUCGCUGUCCCCAAAUCGAAUUUCUAUUCAAAGUCGAAGAUGACAUGUAUGUCAACGUACACAAACUAGCAUACUAUAUUCGAGACUUUUACGAUUUCGGCAAUAAUGCCAACAUGGCCAUUUACAGUCAGAAAGUGGAUGAGAGUAUUAACAAGCAAAACAAGCCCAAGCCCAUGAGAAGUGGAGACAAGAUGGUGGCGUUAGAUGAGUGGCCAUGGGAUACGUAUCCGUAUUACUUUGAUGGACCUGCCUAUUUGAUGCAUAAAAGUACCAUCCUCCCACUAUUGGCGGCCAUUCAAACAACACCUGCCUAUUUCUUAGAAGAUGUCUACAUAACCGGAAUUUGUGGCGAUAAAGCGGGACUUAUUAAGAAAAUCGGCGGAGGUGUACCAAUCAUGUGGCCAUGGUCAUCGAAGACGGUGAACAAUACAUGCGACGUGAACAUGUUUCUAUCCUGGAAGAAUACGGUAUCUUACAUAGCCCACAAGGAUAUAGACGCAUUCUACGGCGGGAGAGCGCCUGAUCCUAGUUGCGAUUACAAGAAAAGCGAAAAUUUCCCAUUUUUCCGUUUCCCUUGAAAAGUGAACUUUACUAAUUACUUUAUUUUUACUAUUACCAUAUUUUUUCCUUAUAUCUUUUUAUUCUUUUGAUCAUUCUUGAAUUAAGUGUGCUGUGGAUUUUCUUUUUUGGGUUUAAAAAAAUAUACUUACUCUUGGCAAUUUGAAAAAAAAUGU